AUGAAUGGUACAAAUGAGUACCAAAAAAAUGAUAGUAUACAUUGCUACAGUGCUAGUGGCGGAUUUUUUGACAGAUUGGUCAAUCGUGGCAGGGUGUACUACAGAAAGGCCCAAUGCUUCAAAAAUACACCCGAUAUAACGGCUCUACGAGAUGAUAUAUCACACAUAAUUCGUACAUCCUUGUCUGAUGGCACCUGUUCUGGUAGCAUAACUUCUAUUAACUACCUAACCAAAAUCCCACUCAAAUUUACACACCAAUCACUGGAGCGGUUAUAUGUUCUCAACAUCAACGAACUUAUGCAAUCACGAGUUUUAAUAUUAGGUCUAUCUAUGUUGGUAUUAACUCUGUUCAUUUGGCCCUUAUCUAUAAUUACCUUCAAGAAUACAGAUGCAUGGGCCGACGAUUACUUCGUGAUAAUAUUCUUGCACAUAUCCAUGUCUGUAACAGUAUUCCUGUACAUGUUACUAACCAUCACUACUAUGAGCAACUUAUACCACUUAUGCGAACUUUUUUCACUGGUUACUUUUGGUUGUAUUAUAACAAUUUGGGGAAUUUGGCAUCUUAUUGCGGGCAUUUUUCUAAGGGAUGAAUUUGAUAAUUCGCUCAUUAAGGGAGUAUCCGCUUCAAAUGAGGCUAUGUACGCCUUCAACUUUAUCUACGGCAUUUUGCCUAUAGUGGCUUUGGAUACUAUUUUGCCAACUAGAAUAAUCUACACUUGGUGGAUACAUUUAUCCUUUAUAAUUCUCUAUUCGUCAUCUGUAAUCUCCUACUGCAUUGUCAACUUAUCAUACGUGCCCAUUGCAUAUACGGUUAUACGGGUGCUAUCAUAUUUUUCAAUUGCUUUAAUGUUGCUAAUCGGUUCAUAUGCAACAGAGCUUCAAUCAAGACUUAACUUCUUCAAUUGGCUCAUUACAUGUGACAAGAUCGCGCAAUUGGAAUCUCAAGUAAAAUGCUUCAAGAAAAAGUCAAUAGCGACACCUGCAGAGUUGAUUGUGGAACGCAUUAAAAAUUGUGUCAAGCUAUCACACACAUUAGAAAAUGCAAAUAAAGGGAAAGAUCUGGAUCUGGAAACAUCGCUACAAUCUGUCACUGAUAGCUUAAAAGAGUGCCUAGACCUAAUUUCUACUAGCAAUCUAUAUAGCGUACCAAUUAUGGAUAUGCCCAAUGAUGCACAGAAUGUAAUUAAUGCUUACGUGACAAAUAAACCUAAUAAGAACGAAAUGGAAAAGUUUAAGAAGUCUCAGACUAUGAUUAUCAAGCACCAAAACCUGGUGCAACGUUAUCACAAUAUUGUCAUUAAACGCAAUUACACCCUAGAUGAUUUGCAAGACAAGAAUCAAGGCAAUAUUAAAAACGUUUCUGAGGAGGAUAUAAUUUGUGGAACCAGCAAGCUCAGAAAGUCAUUGGAUCAGCUCAAACCGGUUAAACUUCCAAUUGUUGAUGGAAUAGAUAAAAGUAUAAUGUAUAAUUGGAAUUUUAACAUUUUGGCUCACUUCAAAAAUCACGUUGAUCCCUUUUGUUCAAUUUCCUAUGUUAUGCUGAACGAAUUCUUUACUCAAACCAAGAUAGAGUCUAUUAUCGCUGCAAAUUUUUUGAGAUUGGUAGAGAAUAUCUACAACAACACUUCAUACCAUAACAAAAUGCACGGGCUUAUGGUGGCCCAGAAAAUGGUUUGCUUGGCAAAUUUUGUUAAUAUUUUCGAUAAAAUGAAUGUACUAGAUCGUGCUGCAUUCGUAAUUUCGGGGUUGUGCCAUGACAUUGCUCACCCCGGCCGAAAUAAUGCAUUUUUUAUAAACAACAUGGACAGGGUGUCAAUAUUGUAUAAUGAUUUAUCGGUACUGGAAAACUUUCAUGCUUCUUGUACGUUUAAGAUAUUGGAGAUGCCUGAGACUAACAUAUUUCAGAAUCUUUCCAAAAAGGAUUUCAUUUACUGUCGAUCCAAGAUUGUCAGCCUGAUAUUGGCCACAGAUAUGGCUGAUCACUUUGAAAUAAUAUCCAAGUUUAGGUUAUUGCGGGCAAAUCCGGAGAAAGAAUUGGGUCCUGAAAUUCUAUUGGCUACUCAAAAACUGAUAAUAAAAGCGGCAGACAUAUCUUCCAGUGCAGUGCCAUGGGAAGAAUCCUUAGAAUGGGUUCAGCGCCUACUUACAGAAUUUUAUGCACAAGGCGAUGAUGAAGCUGCAUUGGGUUUACCAAUUUCUCCUCUAUGUGAUCGGAAUAGACAUGAUGAAGUGGCCAAAUCGCAAGUGUCUUUCCUGAAAUUUGUAAUGGCUCCGUUGUAUGAGCAACUGGAGGAAAUAGAAGGUGAAAAUGGCAACGUUAAACAUGUAUGUAUGCGCAACCUGAUUGACAAUACAGCCAUCUGGGAACAGGGCUUCGUGGUGCCGUUUUUAGACGAUCAACAGUACAAAUUCAACCCAGCAUCUGUGGAUCUGGAAUUGCUGUUAUGA